UUUAGUAGAUGUAAAAUUGGGUUUGAUUUCAAGUAAAAGAAUAUCAGUCCUAAACAUUGGUAGCAGAGCGUGGUUGCCUACUAAAAAUCCAAGUAGAAUCGAAGUUCGGGGUUAUAAUUACCACGUGCAAGCAUCGAAAACGGUUCCCGGCAGCCGUUGGCGUUCUAUAUUGUGUGAGCCAGUUGCCCAGUGGAAUAUUGGACAGUAGACGAAGAGAGAAAAGCGACCAGAAACAAAAACAUUCUAUCACAAUCGUAUGGAGAUAGUGGCAUGAGUAUAAAUAAGAUGUUGCAUUGUGUUGGAGCCAGUCUCUUCCACUGCCAGCAAGAGAAAAACCAGCUCUGAAGAACAAAUACUAGUAUCUGUUAAAAUUGUGCCUUAACAAAAAAUAGAGAAAACCAAUAACAAAAAUACAAGAUCUACCUUUGAAUACUCUGAGGGCUAUAAAGAAGGCAAAAAUAGUCAAUUCCAAAUUCGGAGAAUCAGUUUUAUUGGAUUUAGAUACAGAAGUAGUGUUUUUACCGCAAAGAGUCACAAGUGUCUACAAACCAGUCAUUGAAGAAUUUGAAAAGGAAAAAUACGGAAUUAUAUUCAAGGGAUUAGUGGAUGUUGGAAAAAAUCAACGGCUAGCGUCAUUUGAAAUUGAGGAACUAUAGACGUGCCUAAGACACACACACAGAGAGAGAGGUGAGUACCAUGAAUAUUGUAAAAAAAUCUGAAAAUUUACUGCAAGUCAUUAAAAAUGUCAGAAAAAUAUUGUUUAAUAAGAUAACGGAUAGAGAUGUGGAAAUUUGGUUGAAUCGAUUGAAAAAACAAAUUAAAGUAUGUAAUUUGACAAUUAAAAAAGGAGGACUGCAUCUAGGUACAAUUAGGAAAUUACAAACAUACAUAGGACAUUUCAAACAUUUUAAACAACUUAUUUCAAAUAGGAAUUUAGGUAUGGGGCUGAAUAAUAAACUGAAAAUUAGGGUUAAAUGGGAAAAUGUAGCUUCUGCAUUUACAAGAAGAAUUAAAACCGGACUUAUAGUAAAUUUAUAUCAUAAGGACUUAACGCAAUUUUUAAAUGAUUGUCAAAUAAUUUUUAAAAAUAAAAUAAGGGAAAUUUUUAGGAAAAAAUAUUCUGUUGUUAAAGUUUAUGUUUGUUUUUGUGGAGAGUUCAUUAAAAAAUCUGGUGAAAAUGAAAUUUCUAGUUUCUAUUAUUUUAUGACUAAAAAUUCUAUUAUCGAUGUAUCGACCGAUAUAGAGCGAUGGUUUUUCGAGAACGUCAAAGAUAAAAUUAAUUUUAAAUUAUCAGAAUUUCAAGAGAGGGACUCUGGUUUUGCAUUAAGUAAAAUUAUUUCUUUAGAAGUAAAUAUCAAUAAAUUUGAAAUUGGAAACGGCUCAUCUUAUAUUAAACUUCCAGAACCUAUUCAAAAAAAGCAAGGGUGCAUAAACAUUAAAAAUUCUGACCAAGCAUGUUUUUAUUGGUCAAUUGUUAGUGCUUUGUACCCAGCCAAAAAUCAUAAAGAACUCACUUUCUCAUAUCCAUAUUAUAGCACAGUCUUGAAUACACAAGACUUGGAAGCUCCGAUGCCCCUGCAUCAAAUUUCAAAGUUUGAAAAAUCUAAUAACAUUUCCGUCAAUGUCUAUGCCUUGGAUUUAAUUGAAAUAAAUAAUAAAAAACCAUUUUACAAAGUAUAUCCAGUAAGACUUGCUAAAUCAAUACACGAGAAACAUGUAAAUCUUUUAUUAAUUCAAAAUACAUAUUUUCCAAAGCUAAACGAUUAUGAAGCACCUCCUAUAGAUAAUGACAAUUCAGAAAUCACAUAUCACUACUGCUGGAUCAAAGAUUUGUCACGUUUAAUUAAUAGUCAGUUAAUUUAUGCCGACUUUGAGUGCAUGCUAGAACAAUUUACAGAUAAAACACAGCUUCAUAAUAAGACAAAUAAAUAUCAAAAACAUAUAGCAUAUAGUGCUGGUUACUAUGUAAAAUGUAGCUACAACGAAGACUUGAGUUUUUUCAAGAGCUACAGAGGUAGAGAUUGCAUGGAUUGGUUUGCAAAUGAAUUAUCGAAUUUAGCUGAAAGUAUUAAAUCAGAAAUUAAAACUAUUACACCUAUGGAAGAAAAACCAGAUUUACGUGUGGCAACAAUGUGUCACAUAUGUGAAAAGGGUUUUUCCUCUACAGAUAUCAUUGUUAGAGAUCACGAUCAUUUUACGGGGAAGUUUAGAAAUUUUGCACAUCAAGCAUGCAAUUUAAAUUUCAAAAAACUGUUUGUUGUACCUACAGUUUUCCAUAACUUAAGUAACUACGAUAGCCAUUUCAUCAUUUCGGAAUUAAGUAAAAGAGGAAACAUCAGUUUACUCCCCAUAAAUAAAGAAAAAUACAUUUCAUUUACACUUAACGAUUCAGAUACAAAUAUAAAAUUUCGAUUCAUAGAUUCACUGAGGUUUUUGGGUGCUUCCUUGGAAGAAUUGGCUGCUACAUUGAAUGAUAAUGAUUUAAAAAUUUCCAAAAGAGAAUUUAGUAAUUUAAGUGUCGAACAAUUUGAAUUAAUAGCCAAAAAAGGGGUUUUCUGUUACGAUUUUAUAGAUAGUUGGGAAAAAUUAAAUACUUGUGAACUACCACCAAUAGAGGCAUUUUAUAAUAAAUUGGAGGAUAAAAAUAUCAGUAUUGAGAAGUAUUCUCAUGCUCAUGCAGUGUGGAAAUCAUUUGAUAUUGAAAAUUUGGGUCAGUAUUCUGAUCUGUACUUAAAGACCGAUGUUUUACUUUUAUCAGAUGUUUUCGAACAAUUUCGAAGAAAAUGUUCAAUUACUUAUGGUUUAGACCCUGCAUGGUACUAUACAAUGCCUGGAUAUACUUGGGACUGUAUGUUGAAAUAUGUAGGAUGUAAAUUAGAGUUAUUGCAUGACGUAGACAUGAUCAUGUUUAUCGAGAAAGCAAUUCGAGGAGGAAUUUCGGUUUGUAACAGUAGAUUAUCGAAUGCUAACAAUAAGUACAUGCCUGAAUAUGAUUCUACAAAACCCUCAAAGUACUUACUCUACCUGGACGUCAAUAAUUUAUACGGGUGGGCUAUGUGUGAACCAUUACCAUACGGAGGAUUUGAAUGGUUUGAUAAUGAAAAUUUUGAUGUUAUGUCUGUGGCAGAUAAUUCUUCCGUAGGAUAUAUAUUACAAGUAGACUUGGAGUAUCCACAUGAAUUACAUGAUCUUCACAGAGAUUUUCCAUUUGCUCCCGAACACCGCAAGCCUGUAGGCUCAAAUUAUUCCAAAUUAAUGACAACGCUUUAUUGUAAAAAAGAAUACACAAUUCACUAUCGUAAUUUAAAACAAAUGUUAGCCAACGGUUUGAAAAUUAAAAAGAUACAUAAAAUUCUGAAAUUCAAUCAAUCUGCAUGGCUGCGGCCCUAUAUCGAACUAAAUACUCGUUUGAGGGCUGCAGCUACCAAUGACUUUGAGAAAAAUUUAUAUAAAGUGGCAAAUAAUGCUGUGUUUGGAAAGACGAUGGAAAAUAUACGGAAGCACCGAAUUGUAAAACUUGUUAAAACCUGGAAUGGUCGAUACGGCGCCAAAAAUUUGAUAUCUAGUGUUAGGUUUCAUAGUCGAACAGUUUUUAAUGAAAACCUAAUUGCAGUAGAACUCACUAAAUCAGAAUUGGUUUUCAAUUAG